GUCUGUCAUCCGGUCUCUCUCUUAUCUCUGCCUGCUUGUUCUUUCCAAGAUGCCUCGUGCCCAUGGGAGUAUAAGGCAGGAGAGCCCCUUACCUCACAGGGCAGAUCAAAAUGCUGAGAACAAAGAUGGGUUUGUCUGGCUGACCUUGUCCCGUCCUUCUGCUGUCUAACUGUGGUUCACGUGUGCUGUCCCUAAAGUUCACCCCUAAGAGUAUCCCGCCCCGACCCUAUCCUCAUGCCCUGCAGAGUGGGGACACUUCAGAAUGGGGAUAUUCGAUAACAACCAGGGACAUGGAAGAAUGUGAACUCCCAGAGUUUUUCCUGAGAUGAAAAAGAAAGUCCCAUGGAAAAGGGGUACACCAAGUGGCAGCUUCCUGGAGCUGUUCUGUUUCUUCGGGAGCGCAGCAGAUCCUCUUCAGAACCUAUUACCAAGAGCCCUGAGCAGGACCCACCAUGCAGUGCUUCAAGUUCCUUAAGGUCAUGAUGUUCCUCUUCAAUCUAAUCAUCUUUCUGUGCGGUGCGGCCCUGCUGGCUGUGGGGAUCUGGGUGUCCGUCGACGGGCCGUCCUUCCUGAAGAUCUUUGGGCCACUGUCAUCAAGUGCCAUGCAGUUCGUCAACGUGGGCUACUUCCUCAUCGCGGCCGGUGCUGUCCUCUUUAUCCUUGGUUUCCUGGGCUGCUACGGUGCUCACUCGGAGAGCAAGUGUGCGCUCAUGAUGUUCUUUGUCAUCCUGCUCAUCAUCUUCAUCGCCGAGCUUGCAGCGGCUGUGGUUGCUUUGGUGUAUACCACAAUGGCAGAACAGUUCCUGACGUUGCUGGUGGUGCCUGCCAUCAAGAAAGACUACGGUUCCCAGACUGAAUUCACCCAAGUGUGGAACUCUACCAUGGACGGGCUGAAGUGCUGUGGUUUCAACAACUAUACAGAUUUUAACGGCUCACAUUUCGUCGAAGAGAAUAAGGUCUUUCCUUCUUACUGCUGUGGCAAGCCUACCAAUAGCACCGAGGGACCGUGCACCGAGGAUAAGGCCAGAGAGAAACAAGUACAGGGUUGUUUCAAUCAGCUUCUGCAUGACAUCAGAACCAAUGCGGUCACUGUGGGUGGUGUGGCAGUUGGAAUUGCGGCCCUGGAGCUGGCUGCCAUGAUUGUAUCCAUGUAUCUCUACUGCAAUCUGAAAUAAGACUGCUUCUACCUCCCCACUUGCUGCUGCCACAUGGAAACCAGGAAGAGGCACUUGGCACAGCUAGGCAGCGGUGACCUGGGUGGAGAUGAAAUCUAACAACGUCAUUUGGGCUGAAAGUGGAUUUGCCUUUGCUUGCUCUGGACUUUGGGCUAAACAGGGACCACCUCUUCCGGGCUGUGUGUCUGUCUCAUCCUUUUACUGGUGGGGCUAGGGAAACAUCUGUUCCAGAGACUCUGAAGCAGCCUCUUCUGCCCAUCUCUUUAGUCUUUUCUUCAACCCUCAACACUCCCUUAAUAUAAAAGUGGCUCUUGAUCCCAGCGCCCCACUGGUGGAUGAAGGCACUUAUAGCCUGGGCAUAUUCAAGUCCAGCAAGGUCAUAGGAUGGAUGUGUAGAAGGCGUUUUGGAACCUAUAAACCAAUGAAAAUA